GAAAAAAUUAAAUAAGGUAGUCAGACCUGUCAAAGAGAGACGUGCAGAAGAGCCGGGAGGUGAAGGAAGAGGGGGACCCGGGGAAUCGGGGCUACCUGGGGGCGGCGUGCUGGAGCAGUCACCUCCGUGUGAUUUUCGGCAAUGUCUGUCUUUCGUUCGGGUGUGCUGGUCUUAACAUCUCCCCUCUCCGCCUUGUCUAUGAGAUUGGCGCCUAUUCUAGCCUCUGCAGCAAAAAUUGUCCAAGAUACCUUGUACGUCCAUCUCCAACCUGGGCUUCUACUGACUGAUUCUUCUCAGCCCGCUUCCACCUACAUCCCAGCAACCCAGGAAAUCUGCAGCCUCAUAUCCAAGCUGUAUUCUGAUGCAGAUCUCCAUAGCAAUCUGGAUGUUCGUGUGCUCUUAACGAAUAUUAAAAACCAAAGCAACAGCCAGCACUUUCUUUCCUCUGUUCAGAACCUCUCUCACCCCCCAGAGGUGGUUCUCACGGACUUCCAGACUAGUGACGGUGGACAAUAUAACCCAGCUAAGCAGCAGCUGGAGAGAUAUGCAACUAACUGUUACAGUUGUAAUCCUCACCUAGUAUCAGUGUUAUUGUACUCAGAGUAUGGAAUAGAAGAUGAUGAUGAUGAUAUUAAUUUGAAGGAAACAAAUUGUGAAGGAAACCCUCUACAGAGUCACAGCAAUGUUGUAGUUGGAGGCACCUUCGAUAGGCUACAUAAUGCCCAUAAAAUCUUGUUGAGUGUUUGUUGUUUGCUGUCAGAAAGGCGUCUUCUCAUUGGUGUCGCGGACAAAGAACUGUUGGACAAUAAGGUCCUGAAGGAGCUGAUAGAGCCCUAUGAAAAGAGAGUAGAAAAAUUGUCCCAGUUCCUGGUUGACGUGAAGCCUUCUCUUGAAUACGACAUAGUGCCUAUUUCGGAUCCCUAUGGCCCUUCAAUCACUGACCCAGAUUUGAAAUGUAUAGUUGUCAGCGAAGAGACCCAAAGAGGAGGACUGUCGGUGAACAAGAGACGUCUGGAAAAUGGGCUCGAUGAGCUGACCAUCCAUCAGAUCCACCUGGUAACAGACCCACACCAUUCUGAAAAUGAAGAGGAGAAAAUAAGCUCUUCUAGCUUCAGGAACCGGCUGCUGGGAACUCUGCUGAACCUUCCAGCUAAGAACCCCAGCAUCCCUUCCCGGCCUUAUGUCAUCGGUCUAACAGGAGGCAGCGGCAGUGGAAAGUCUUCUAUUGCAAAGAGACUGGAGAAGCUGGGAGCUGCUUUAAUAGACUGUGAUAAGUUGGGACACCAGAGUUACAAGCCUGGAGGACCAGCCUACCAGCAAGUUAUAGAGGAGUUUGGUUCAGAUAUCGUCUGUGAAGAUGGCACCAUAGACAGGAGGGCUCUUGCGAGCAAGGUGUUUGGCAAGAAGGACCAAUUAAAGCGUCUGACAGACAUUGUGUGGCCAGCAAUAGCAGCUCUCGCCAAAGAGGCUGUGGAAGAAGCUGCUGAUAACGGUAUAUUGGUUUGUGUGAUGGAUGCUGCUGUUCUCCUGGAGGCCGGGUGGAAUGAGAUGGUUCAUGAGGUGUGGACAGUAAUCAUACCGGAAAACGAGGCUAUUUCCCGUAUAAUGAAUAGAGACGGUGUCAGUGAGGAAGCUGCUAAGAACAGACUGGCUAGCCAGAUGUCCAACAGUGAGCGGGUGGAGGCAUCAAAUGUUGUUCUGUCCACACUUUGGGAGCCAGAGAUAACUCAGAAACAGAUCCAGAAGGCUUGGGAUCUUCUCCAACAGCGGAUCAACCCAGACUUUUCAAAUAACAAGCCCUUACUAAAAUCAAGAUUUUAACCUUGCUAUCUUCAAAGAUUUUGCUGCAGGGGAAUCUAGGACGUGUGUGUUGGGGCCCAGCAGAAAUCGCAUGCCUUAUUCCAUCGGUGUAGACAUCAUUGUAAUGUGUUGUGUCUGGACAGAGCAAUGUUCUCAUUUGUGCUGUAAUAUUCCAAAUGCCCAUACACAUUCAUUCACUUUGUAUGUAUUCUACAUUACAUGGCCAUCUAAUGAUAUUCAUGAAAUUUAAUUGUACUCCUCUGGGUGAGUCUUCAGUUAUUGAUUUCAUUCUUAUAAUCCUGGCUUAUCAUGGCAGAAUAAAGUGAGAAGUAUAAUUUUUUUCUUG